CUGAGCUUCACCAGUUUGAACAUCCUUAACUUGCCAAAGAAACAGUUUUUAAGCUUUUAAAAAAAGCUGUUAUUAAGUUUUAUUAAGUUUUCAGGUGAGAAAGUAAACAUUUAGAUUCCCAAUAUGUGAUCAGUUUAUAAAAAUGUAACGCCUCUUUUGAAAUGUAUGCCGACGUUUUGGGGAUUAAAAAACAAUAUAUUAAAUCAAGAACCACUAAUAUGACUAUAGCUAUCCAUCUGGUUGCUAGUAGCUAGCUGCUAGCUGGCUAUCUAUUUGUCUGGUUGCUAGUAGCUACUAGCUGCUAGCUGGCUAUCUAUUUGUCUGGUUGCUAGUAGCUACUAGCUGCUAGCUGGCUAUAUAUUUGUCUGGUUGCUAGUAGCUGCUAGCUGGCUAUCUAUUUGUCUGGUUGCUAGUAGCUAGCUAGCUUCUAGCGAGCAGACAGACAGGUUGGUUUAAUAUGCUCUGUAGAACUAAUAUCUAUAUAUUUGUACUCUGUGCAGACCUCUUCUACCCUUCUGGCAUUGAGAGUAAUUACAAUCACAUGUUCUUUUGUAUUCCGGUUAAACGGAUGUACUAAUAGGCCUCUAAACCUUUGUAGUUCCUCAUAGCAGAGCUAUGGUGGAGGUAUGUGUAUGUGUCUCAACCGAAAGAAUGAAUAGAAAUGCUUUGGACAAGAAGUGUUUUUAAUUCUCCACACAGUGGCUUGAUCAGUUUUCCAGCUCUAAUGCUGUCAGAGAGAAAAGAUAUAUUCCUAAUUCAUUUCUGGGACCACCAGACCAUCAGAGUGACUUAUUCAAACUAUUACGCCGACCAGACUUUUUACUGUUUAUUUUUCUGCAGCAGCAACAAGAUGGAUUGAGUACUUUAUUCUUAGUGGGAAAUAAAUUGUCGUUCCAAACCCCUAUUCCACAAAACAAAUCUACUCACAUAAACUAGAAAACAUGGUGAACAAUAACCGCCAACAGGCUGCCACUGAAGGGUGGUUUAGUGUGCAUUAAAGAAAUAAAGGUAAUUCACAGCAAAAAAUACAGUUUUACUGUAUAAAUAUUAAAUAUACACUCCUGGAUUUAUCAGUUUUAAAGCAUCAUCAGUGAGCUGGCAGGAAAAUGUUGGGAUUUAAGCGCACUAUUAGUCCUAUAAUAACUCAAAAAUUUGUAUUAUUAAAUUGAUGAAUCGUUACACUUUACAUUGUCUUGGGUGUGAUUCAAGGAUAUUCAUGGAGACAGGUUAAAAACCUGCUAAACAACAGUUUUUUCCAUUUUUUUAAAGGGGUUAAAAUGUGCAUAAACUGUGGACUCACUGUGACUCACUGUGUCUUCAAACACACAGUUUGUUUUUAUUUACCUAACGCACUGGUUUGUGAGGGUCUCGACUCCCACUGGGGGUUGCUACAUCUGCUAGAUGUUAAUUGGUGUAAGAAAAACUUAAAAAUAUAUACAUAAAGUUGGACUUUAUCUCAGGGUUUCAUUCAUUUCUGUGAAGAAAACUGAAUUAAAUUGAUAUUUUAGAAUGAUAUAAACAGGAUAAACACAAAGCACCUGGAAGAAGUACACAAUUAAUUUGUCCAAAAAAGAAGCCGAUUGAAGAGAAAUUAAAACGUUUGGAUUGAGUGUCACUACAAAUUGUGGUGAAUGAGUGUUCAUGAAAUAUAACUCUUAAAUUUAUCUCUUUUUUUCAGCCGCUUUGCUGAUGAAGAACGAGUUAGUAAGAGGGCCUUGAGUUCAGAUCUAUUAGUCAAACUAAUAUUCUUUAACUUUGAUGCUCAAGUGAAAAUACGCCGUGAGCGACGAGACUGAAAGUCCCUUCAGAGGUUAAUAAAACAAUCUCACCACAAGGUCCAUUAGUCUGUUCUGGAGCUUUCAAUCACAUCUCAUGGUCUUCCACAGCACACAUGAAGCUUGUAGAAAUGUCUCAUUGUUUUUUGGGAUCCGGAGUAUUUAACAAAGGGAAAUGUGCAUCUCACAUAUUGCUGUUCACUUCUUUCUAUGUGCAGGAUAUUUUUUUAUCAUUUUCUAAUUAAAAACCUGUAAUCAUUUCUCGUCUCACGUGUUUUUCUUUGUUGUUUUCCUGACCACAUGAGAGCGGUGUGCACACUGAAACCCAUUUCCACAUUCACACUGAGCUCUCCUGGUGACUCUUCUCCUCAGAAUGCAGGUUGAACAACGGAGCGCGUUGACAAUGCAAUUAAUUACACCUAUUGAUGCCUCUUCUGCUCGUUCUGCUGCCGCAUUGUUCUGAUGUUUAUGCAUCGCAGCCUUAAAAGGGUUUCGCUCACAAUGAGAUGAAACCAAACAGCCAUGUCGACUCUGAGGACUCUAGCUUUUCUUGCUUUGAUCGGCGAGUUAUUAAACUUAAAACAUAUUGAGGGUUUGAUUCGAUUAACUGAUGUUUAUUAAAGUGUGUAAAUGUUUUGUGUCUGCUUCCAGGUGUUUGCAGCUGUCAGGCCUCAGACUGCUCGUACCGCGGUCUGCUGACUCACCUGAACCUGACGACCACUGAUAAAGUUAUGGCCGUCAUGCGGCCCGUGAAGAACUGGACGACCCCCACCCUCGUUCAGAUGGACUUGGUGUUGUACGGUAUUCUAGAAGUGGAUGAGAAGUCUCAGACUAUCACGAGUCACAUCUGGAUAAGAAUGGGCUGGACGAAUGAAUUCCUCACCUGGAAUCCGUCGGACUUCUGUGGGAUCGACAGGAUGAUGAUUCCGAGGUCGAGUCUGUGGAUCCCAGAUGUUGACAUCGAGGAGGAUGCGUCUGAUACUGGGACCAUCCACAACAGUCCGGUCAUCAGUUUGUCUCCGUCAGGCUCGAUGCUGGCGAACACACGGCAGCGUCUCACCUCCACCUGUCUGCUCAUCGUCACCUUGUUCCCCUUCGAUAAGCAGCGCUGUAACUUCACCUUCUCUUCAAUGACCUCAGACGCAGAUACGAUAGCACUGGGAACCGUCUCCACCGACACAAUGCUCACUAGGGUGUCUGAGCGGCUCAUGGUGACACGGGGAGAAUGGAAUCUCGACAAAAUAGAAAUAGACUAUUGUAGUAAAAACGGAACAAGUGGAUGUCAAAGCAGCCUCAUAUACACCAUCAUAAUCUCCAGGAAGCCGAUGCUGUACGUGAUCAUUUUCAUCGUGCCCUUGUUUUAUUUCGUGUUGCUGGACGUUUGCUCGUUCUUCAUCAGCGAGGCUCGAGGGGAGAAGCUGAGCUUCAAGAUGACGGUUCUGCUGUCCAUCUCCGUCCUGCUGCUGAUUCUGAAGGACCUGCUGCCCUCCACUGAAGAUCAUCUGCCGAUGAUUGCCACGUACUGUGUUGGGAUCUUCGCCCUGGUGGGGAUCAGCGUCCUGGAGGCCAUGCUGGUCGGUUUCCUGUACGACCUCGACGGUUCUUGUAGCAACGCUCAAACUCCCAAUGAUGCCCAAGUGGACAUUCAGCUGGAAGUGGACUUUCACAAAGACUCCGAUGGAGCUGAAGAGCCUCCAGAGAGAAGCUCCCUCCCUCUGAAUCGACCCGACGACCGAGACCUGCUCAGACUGAUCCUGGAGGAAGUGAAGACGGCUCGACGUGAAGCCGGAGGGCCGGAGGAAGACGAGCGACGGCCCGGAUGCUACAGAAGACUCUCUAAGAUCAUCGACUCGGUGUUCUUCGUCCUCUAUUUCCUGACUGUUGCAGGUUUUCUCACGUACAUGAACAUCAUGUGGAUGACACAAAUCAUUUCAAUCUGAUGAGAUGACGUGUGUGUAAUCUGCUCAGUGCACGCUCUUAACUCAGAUGAGGAUUAUUUUUUAAUAACUAAAUUCUUCCGUCCUUUAAUUCUUCUUUUCCAUUGUUUUUCAAAGUGCAGAACAUGAAAAUGAUUGUAUGUUAUGAAC